UCCCGCGACCCGCAGCCAUUACUGUCACGCGCAGCCUUGCGCGAAUAUCCUCUGUGAUGCUUUAAACCGUAACGCAACAAAAACCGGACACUUAUAAAAACACAAGGGGUUCACAGAAGAACGCAAACAAUCCCUCAACGCCACACGGUAGUUCACAGCGUCACGCUACUCUAUCAAUGGGAACUGGGACGGACCCCAGAGAAAGUUGGUGACCCGGUCUACGCUGAAAUUCAUUCAUAUCCCAGGAUUGCUGUGUUCUGACAAGGAUUCUAGCGCCUUUGUUUGCUUUCUAAGUUCAAGGUUUUCUGCGUAGCUCUGCGGCGACACGCAGGGACGGUUCCGGAAAAAGUGCAUGGAAGGCAUGCAUUGACUUUUUUUUCUCGAUUGUCAAGAUCUGCCAUGGAUUUUUAAAAUUCUGCUUUUUAUUUUUUUCACCGUGUCCUGUUGCUGUUUGCUCGUCGACUGUGAAACUACAAAGUGCGGUUGUCCAACCAUGAACUUUGUUGUCAGUUUGCUUCGCAUCCUUGUGGCGGCGGCUCUGCGCUUCUCCGUGGUGAAGACUGCCAGCAUUAAGGGACUGGACAAGAGUAAAUCUCAGGUCAUACCUUUCAACAUCGUCUUCAGCAAGAGUGUGUGUCAGCCCAGAGAGGUCCUGGUGGACAUCUUCCAGGAGUAUCCAGAGGACACUGAGCAUGCCUAUAUCCCCUCCUGUGUGGUACUCAGCAGGUGUGGAGGCUGCUGCAGUGACGAAGCAAUGGAGUGUGUACCCACAGAAUCUCGCAAUGUCACGUUGCAGGUAAUGCGGCUAAGACCAAUGGUGUCUCAACAUACCAUUCAGUUAAGUUUCACAGAGCAUCGAAGGUGUUAUUGCAGACCAAAGCCAGGUGUUCAAGUGAAGAAAUACCACAUGCCUACGACGAGGUGAUAUGCAAUUGAUCCUGCUGCUUGGAUGUAUCUGUUACACUUCAUUAUUGUCUCAUUGUCCUUGUUGUGUCUGUUCUGUGAGCUUCUGUCUUAUAGGCUGAGCAGGGUUUACAUAUGCUGUAAUAAGCAUAUUGUCCAAAUCAGCUUCAAGCUAAAAUAUGUACUGUUUUCAUCAGUUUGCACAUGUUUUUGUGGAAUAGGAUGAAUCAGACUGCUGAGCCAGACAUUUGCUUGGACCAUUUGUCUUUGGUUUGUCUAUGUCUGCUCCGUAGCUCAGAUGUCUCUGUUUUUCCACCUUUGCUUCUCUUGUAGUAACUGUACACCUUGCUCACAGAGGGCAAAGCGCUUGUUUGUGCAGGACCUUCUCACCUGUAAAUGUUUCUGCAAAUUCAAUCAUUUAGAAUGCAGGUCCAGGGAACUUGAGUUAAACGAAAGAACUUGCAGAUGUGAUAAAAAGAGAUGAGACCAGCAUGACACAGCACUUUGAAACCUGAUGAUGCAUUCCCUGCAACGACACAAUGAACUGAAGCAACAUUCAGAAUGAAGGUCUCCGUUUUGUCUGCUUGUAUAUGUGCUUGAUGCUGCUACAUGAAUACCAGACAAUGGCUGCAGCUGGGAGUUAUUCACCAUCACUGGACUGCAGCCUGAACUUUGUGCACAAGUCCCAAUGCUUUAAAUCAAACGUGAUGUCACUGGAGGUUUGACUUCAGCUACUUCCAAUACACAUUCAGUGGUUGACUGAGUGGUACAUGCUCUGGCAUUGGAUGUUUCUUAGAAAGUGCCAAACCACCCACUGUGGCCCAGAGCCUUGUGUCAAACAUGUAGAAGGUGUACCAUGGUGUGAAGACGUCCACAUUGCUGCUCGUCUGCGGGGUUUGCUGAGUUAAACAAUUAAUACAGGCUGUCCCCACCAGCUCAGACCACCUUUGCCUCAGAUAAUUCAGUGUGGCCACCUAUAGUUCCUAAGUCAGUUUAGUGUGUGGCGUUCCUCUAUGUGGAGAGUCUGAUCUCAGGUUUGAUGUGCACCUCACUAUAAAAUAUCGUAAGUUUCAGUGAACUGAGCAUCCACAACCAAGCAAUUUAUUGUCACUACAUUUUAGUUCUACAAUCCUUUCUGUGAAUAUGACCCAUAGCUGUAAUGAGAACAUAUUGUUAGGGCAUUGUUUCAGGGGAAAACAUACUUGAUCUACACUCAGACAUUCCCUGUUUAAACCUGUAUCGUGCUCAGCCUGUUGAGCGAUGGGUGAGAAUGAUGGAUCCAUGCGGCUUUGGCUUUUAAGUUACUGCAGCGUGAGUCCAGCUGAGGCCUUUUGCCUGCAAGUGGAAAAACUACACUGUUUGUUCAUGUUUUGACUCCAGAUAUUUAAUUGUUGUUUAUUUUGUUGAAAUUUCCCAAGUUAGAACAAAGCAAAGAAAUGUAUUUAUUAAAUUGUUGCCAUUUGGAAAGGCACUUUGAAGAAAUGCAGUGGAGAUGACCGGUGAAGGGGAAGUAGGAAGUUCAAUAGAGGUUGUUGUGUUUACCACACCAGCUGAUGUUUUAGGUUACAGCUAAGAUGCUGGAUCACAGAUAUUUGUGCUAUAUAAUUAAUAACUUGCACUAUAAAACAAGCCUGAACUUUCAUUGUCAAUGUUUUUUAAAAGACAGGUGAAACAAACAAUCAAAAUCAUGGUUGCACGGUUCCUCUAAAGUCAGCACAAAAGCAGCUUGCGUUCUGCUUGUGUCUGGAUCUGUGGCCUUCAGGGCUCAUUGGUUCACAUAUGGCUGUCAUCCUACACUAAACUACAGAAUCAACGAACCGUUUCUGUUCCACCGGUUCAGGGCUUAUGUCAUUCAUUGUAGACACCAAGUCAACCCAUUGCACCGAAGUCCACUUAGUGGACCAAUGGUUCUCCAUAGUGAGUCUUAUGGGAUAUUAUGUAUAAAGGGCAGAAUGCACUGAAUGAGGCCAGGUGGCUGCAUACUUGCUGCAGAAAGCAUUUCCCCUUUGGCUUUUUUUUAGCCUUUUUUGUGUUUUCAUCCCUGUCAUGUGAAGUCUAUGACUAGCCUGGCAGAGAUUCUAAAGGACAAAUUUUCAUCUGUUGGUCAACUAGCCAACCAAGAAUGAACGUGCUGCACAGAGAAGCACCAACAAAGUGAAAUCAGUGGUUUCCAUGUUAGUAGAUCUAACUCCUGCCCCCUAACGGGUGUGAGCUGUGUGCUGGGCUCUGCUCAGUGAAAACUCAACAUGGACCAUUCAAAGGCCCCUUUAAAGCUUCUGUUUUUAUGAAUGUGUUUUUAAUACCCAGGACUAAAACUCAUGUUUCCUACCUGCAAGUGUCAGCUACACCUGUGGUUCUGGGCUCAUCCCUCCUUCUGUGUUCUCUGUCAGUCACAUUAAAGUGAAGUCAUUUACUGUGCCUGUUGUCGCCAUGUUCUUUGUAUAUUUAUAAUAUAUUUAUUGAUACUCUAAAAUAUUAAGCCAUUUAUUGUUUUUAGUGUAGCUAUUUAAAUGUAUUUAUUUGAGAAAGUGUAUGUUUGUUUCUAUUAAAAGUUUUUUUUGAAAAACUA